CCUCUCAAUAAGCUGAUCACAGAAACCUCUCACAUUCUACAUUCUAAUAUGGACUCAAAAAAGAGUGAUGAGGUGGCAAUUAGUAGGGAUGCCAAGGCCAAUUAUGAUGCCAAAGGAAAGGCUGUCGAAGGUGCUCCUCCUCCACCUCCUCCGCCUGUUGUAGUUACCACAAAAGCUACCAAAAUCCGGAAUAUCAGAGGAAAGAAAGGUCUGGCAAUUAUAGACAUCGUGCUGAGGCUCGGCGCCGGUUCAGCUGCUCUUGCUGCUGCUUACAUUUCAGGGAAUACUGAACAGAUUCUUCCCUUCUUCACACAGUUCUUCCAGUUCCAUGCUCAGUACAAUGAUCUUCCAACUUUCACGUUUUUUGUGGCUGCAAAUGCAGUGGCUAGUGGAUACAUAGCCAUCUCCUUGCCCUUCUCGAUAGUCUGCAUCGUUCGACCUCAUGCAAUAGGGCCAAGGCUACUACUUGUUUUCCUUGACACAGUUAUGGUUGCUCUAGUUAUGUCUGCAGCUGGCGCUUCUUCAGCAAUUGUAUACUUGGCUCAUAAUGGGAACUUGAACUCCAACUGGCUUGCUAUUUGCAUGCAAUAUACUGACUUUUGCCAGGCGCUUACUGGGGCUCUUGUGGCUUCGUUUGUCGCUGCAGUCUUUUUCAUGUUGCUGGUGGUGAAUUCUACUUUUGCUCUAAAAAGAAAAUGAGAAACCACCUCCUUAUUGAAUAUCAUGCUUUAGUUAUCAUGGCCAUCACAAGCAUAUUUCAAGAGAAAGGAGAUGGAGAAGAAGAAGAAACCACAAUGGUUCUAGUUUCUGGUAUCUGUUGUGAAUUAGUAAAGUGAUGGAGUGGAGGAAUUGUGUUGUGCGGGUUUGAUUAAAUG